UUUUUUUUUUGUGUCAGCCCCAGAUAUUACAGCUGUGAUCAGGAGGUGGAUGGAUGGAUGGAUGGAUGGAGGGAUGGAUGGAGGGAUGGAUGGAGGGAUGGAUGGAUGGAUGGAUGGAGGGGUGGAUGGACAGAUAGAUCUUUUUUAUUUCAGCGCGCGGAUCCCUUUCGCGUGGCGGUAUUAAGGGCAGGCUGGGCUGUUUCUGGUUUUUUGAACAGACCUUUAUGGCACCAGCCCAAGAUACGUCAUGACGGAUCAAACAGUUACCGUUUGAUGCAGCUUGGAUGCCUGGAGUCCGUGGCCAACUCGACCGUCGCCUAUUCCUCCUCGUCUCCUCUCACUUACUCUACCACGGGCACCGAGUUCGCCUCCCCGUACUUCUCCACUAACCACCAGUACACCCCACUGCACCACCAGUCCUUCCACUACGAGUUCCAACACAGCCACCCGGCAGUCAACCCCGACGCUUACUCCUUGAACUCUCUCCACCACUCCCAGCAAUACUACCAGCAGAUCCACCAUGGGGAACCCACUGAUUUUAUCAACCUGCACAAUGCGCGGGCGCUCAAAUCCUCCUGCUUGGACGAGCAGAGGAGAGAGCUGGGGUGCUUAGAUGCUUACCGCCGCCACGACCUGUCUCUUAUGAGCCAUGGGUCCCAAUAUGGGAUGCAUCCAGAUCAAAGACUCCUGCCAGGACCAAGCCUCGGGCUUGCAGCCUCGGGAGCAGACGAUUUGCAGGUAAAUAGCAUGCGAUCUCCUUUCGAGGCACCUUCUUCUCCCCUCCCCCUGCCCCGAUCUGAACUCAAUAUAUUGAACUGCAAUUGUCAAUUUAUUGAUAGAUUCAGCAAUAGAGUUGAGGAGUUUGACAUUAUUAUGCCCUUUCUUUGUUUUGGAAAGAAAGAGAAAUCAAGUUAUCCUUCAGAGGUCAUCAGAAAAGGUGUGACUGUGACUCACAAUGUGGCACUUCAGCUCGAAGACAAGCCUAGUUUGUAA